AUCAUCGUCCUGGCCAACCAAAACCUGGACAAAAGGUGCCUUUGCUCUGGCAUCCUGCUGUACAAAAACAAUAUUUUAGUCCAUUGCAUCACCAUCCAUAUAAACCUACCAAGUGCCCUGGCUCAAACAAACAUAGUCCAAGGCUACCUCGCCCACACAGACCUUCUCAAAAGCCAACAUUGAAACCUAAACCUGGCUGUCACCAUCAUCAUUUUCUGGGAGUACGUCCUCCCCUACAACCUGGAAAUUUGCAAAAAAAUCUUAAUCCAGCAACCUCUAAACCUAUAUCCUCAGGACCAUCUUUACAGACCACCAAAGCUUCCAUGACCGUUCAACCUGCAUCAACUACCAGAAAUCCCAUCACAAACUCUGUGGGCUCUAUCACCAAUUCUUCCCCAAAUUCCAGUCUCACAGUUACAAUAGCCACUACUUCUAAGAAACCUCUGUUUAAUACCCCCAUAUCUUCCACUACUGCCAAGGCAGGGGCUCUUACCACCAAAUCCUCUACCACUAAUAAACCUGCCACAACUAUUACUACAUCCACUACCACAACAAAAGCUGUGACCUCCACCACCAAAUCCUCCACCAGUUCUAAGCCUACUACCUUCACCACUAGUAAAUCUACCACAAUUAUCCAGCCUGUGGCUUCUACCUAGAAGUCUAGUACCAUCACCAAGUCUACCACUUCUCCCAAAUCCACCACCAAUUCUAAGCCUGCUACCUUUACAACCAAAUCCACAACUAUAAAACCUGUGACUCCUACUAUAAAAUUGACUACCUCUACCAAGCCUCAGACAACCAUGAUUGAACUUUCAACUAGUAGCAAUACCGUAGCUGAUACCAAUUCAUUUGCCAUUGUAUCUCUCAACCCAACUGAAAUUACUAGUUUCUUGGCCACUGCUACAAACUCUGCUCCAACAACCAAAUCUGUGGUGAAAACCACUAAAUCCCUCAUUACUACUACCAAAAUUGCUCAGUCUACUAGCUCAGUAUCCAUUGCCACUACAACAACUCCUGAUUCUAAUUUCCCAACUAUUGUCUCAAAAACUACACUGCCUACCACCAAAAACUCAGCUUCUCAGUCUAUAUCUACCACCACUACACCCACUGCUACCACUGCUUCAACUGUCAAUACAGCCAUACUAUCUUCAGUAACUACCGCAACCCUAGCUGGAAGCACCUUAAGAGCUGCCAAUACUACAAAGUUGCCAGCCGCCACCAAAGCUUCUCUCUCUGCAGCAUCAAGAACCACAGCUGCCCUUAUCACAUCUGCUCCCAUAGUUACUUCAAUCUCUCUCAUCACAGAGGUUGCCCCCACCAGCGUGGAUCUCUCUACCACAUCUGUUGCUUCAAUCACCCCCACUUCCUCUACUACUUCUUCAGCUUCUUCUACCUCCACAGCUGAAUCUUCUCUGUCCACCAUGUCUUCUGAGAGCAGUACCACAUCCACAGCUCCAGCUCUACAUCUAUCGCUUCUACCUGCCAUUGAAACAACUACUUCUACAACCACAGAAGCAGCCACCACUACAGAUACUCUGUCCACCACGUCAGCUGUUCUUAGCACAGCAGCAUCCACAGUGACCAUCCCUGAAACAACCACAAACCUUAUUUCCACCACUGCCGCUGUCUCUGAUGUACUUCAUUUGACUACUGGAGCAGACACCACAGCUUCACCCACUGAUACUAUGGCCACAACCCUGGUCACUGCAGAUGGUACGUCAACACCUUACUCAACCAAAUUUUUUGACACUACACAUUAUUAUGAACCUGACACUAAUGAUUUCACCUUUACUGCCUCCUAUACAUCUCCGGUGACCACAAGCACUUGGGCCUCUUCUAGCAGCACACAGCCCACCACAUCCACAGGUGUUCCCACUGCCACCUCAGCUAACUUCAUCACAACUCUUGUCUCCAAAACCACUUCUACUCAUUCUAUCACCACACAGCCAGACACCACCACAGCCAUUCUCGCUCUCUCAUCUGCAAUAGACACCACACCUGCUCCUACCACACCUGCUCCCACAACUGUCACUACUUCUAUCACCGCAGAGGCUUCCACCCCUGCAGCAGCACUGUCCACUGCAUCAGUUGCCACCAUGGUAGCUGAGGCCACCAAUAAAUCUGCUUAUUUAACUACAUCUGGAGCAUCUCCCUCAGCAUCCAUAAGUACCAUCUCUGCUGCCACCAACACCUCUGCCAUGACCACAGCUGCCCCUACCACAGUGGCUACCACAACCACGUCUACUUUCUCCACCACCUUAGCAGAGAUCCCUUCCUCCUCUGCUGUCACCAGUGCCUCAUCUGCCACCACAACUAUUUCUUCUCCUUCAACAGCCACACAGAGUGGCAAUAGCAUCUCCUCAGGCACCACACACAUUUCAGCCUUACGUGCUAGCUCAACUCCUGCUACCAUCAAUAAUUCACCUGGCUCCACAACACCUCCAUGCAUUUCACCAGCUUCCAUUGAAACAUAUGCUGCCCCUAGCAUCACAUUAUCCACUGUGACUGUCCCCAACAUGACCACAGGUCUUACUUUAACUAUGACACCUGCUUCUUCCACACUUACUGCUAGAGAAGACACUACAGCUUCACGAGAUGACACAACCACCACAACCUUGGUCACUGAAGAUGACAUGUCAACAUCUUACUCUAGCACAUUUGACAGCAUUACACUUUCUUAUGACCCUGACACAACUGAUUUUACCUCUGAUGCCUUCUAUACCUCAUCUGCCACCACACAGACCACCCCCUUCACAGAUGUUCCCUCUGCCACAACUGCUUCCACCACAGAUGUUCCCACUACUCUUUCUACAACCUCCUCUGCUUCUACUAUCACAGACACUGUCACUACCACACCUGCUACCCCAAACACUUCUGCUCCUUCCAGCACCACUCAAGCUGCCACUUCCACAGCUGAGGAUUCCAUCACAGCUGCUACCACUGCUGUUUCUGGUGCUACUAGUCAAUCUGCUUCAUCCACCUCAUCUGGAGCAGCAGCAUCCUCAAGUAUCACCUCUGCUGCCACUAACACAUCUGCCAUGACCACAGUAGUCCCCACCACAGCUGCUUCCACGGCCACUUCCUCCUCUGCUGUUCCUGGUACCACACACGCUGCCACAAGCAUAUCUGCCCCUUCUAGCACCACACAGAUAGUCAGAGAUAAUCUGUCCUCUCUGUCUCAUCUACCGCAGCCACCAGCACCAUUCCUGCUAUCACAAUCACUGCUGCUCUCUCCACCACCCCUCUGGUUGAAGCUGUCAUUUCUCCAUCCACUACUCCUGCUGCUUCCAUCCCUGCUUACUGUGGUCACCACAGGAGACAUGACAUUUGAGACCACCACAUUUGUUGAUGACAGUAUUUUUGACUAUGAACUUGACACUACCACUCCUGACACUGUCACUACUCUUACUGCCGCCAACUCUUCAGCUUCUGUCACUACUAGUCCUCUCACCAUUACUGCUACCCCUACCACACCUGCUUCUACAACCAUGACAUCUGUGGCCACAACAGUUGCUGAAACCACUGUUAAAUCUGUUUCUUCCACCACACCUGGAGCAUUUCCAGCAGCACCCACAAGUACCACAUCUGUGGCCACCAACACCACCACUCAGCCUGUCACCACCACAGAACAAGUCUCCUCCUCACCGGCUGCCACAAGUACUUCUGCCCCUUCCAGCUCCUCACAGAGUGCCACUAACACAGCUUUUCACUCAAGCUCAUCCGUCACAGUCACCAGCACAUCCCCUGACACUACAACCAUUUCUUUUUCUUCAACCCCUGCUCAGGCUGACACUAGUGCCUCUGCUACCACCACACUUGUCUCUACUGCUCUUCCCACAGCCUCCUCCACAUCUACCACCUCUGUGCCUGACAUCACCACAGCUCUAGUCUCCUCCUUGUCUGCUGCCAUGUCUUCUACCCCUUCCAGUACCUCACAAAGUGCCACUACCACAGCUCUUCCCUUGAGCUCAUCUGCUGCAGCCACCAGCACCACUACUGCUGCUCUCUCCACCGACCCUCUGGUUGAUGCUGUCACUGCUCCAGCCACCAGUCCUGCUACUUCCAUCCCUGCUUCUUCCACUCCUGCUGCCACCAUCACUUUAUCAGUUUCCUCCACAUCUUCUAGCAUAUCACCAUUUUCUGUCACAACAUCUCCUUCCCCCACCUCACCAUUAACCACUGGGACCACCCCUGAGAUCACCACGAAUUCUAUUUUUACUAUUACAUCUGACUCCUCUGCUCUUUUUUCUACCAUCAUAGAUGACACCACAGCUUCAUCUCCUGACACUUUAGCAAGUAUUGUGGUCACCACAGGAGACGUGACAUUUGAGUCUACCACAUUUGAUGAUGACAGUAUUUUUGACUAUGACCUUGACACUACCACUCCUGACACUGUCACUACUCUUACUGCCACCAACUCUUCAGCUCCUUCUAUCAACACAGAGCCCAUCAUCACCACUGACAUUACCUUCACCUCCCCUUUUGCCACAACCAUUUCUUCUCAUUCUUCUACUAUACAGUCUGUCACUACUAGUUCUCUCACUACCACUGCUGUCCCUACCACACCCACUCCAACAACCACAACAUCUGUGGCCACAACAGUAGUUGAGGCCACUGUUAAAUCUGUUUCUUCCACCACAUCUGGAGCAUUUCCAGCAGCACCCACAAGUACCACAUCUGUGGCCACCAACACCAUCACUCAGCCUGUCACCACCACAUAACAGGUCUCCUCACCUGCUGCCACAAGUACUUCUGCCCCUUCCAGCUCCUUACAGAGUGCCACUACCACAGCUCUUCCCUCGAGUUCAUCCGUUGCAGUCACCAGCACAUCCCCUGCCACUACAACCUUUUUUCUUCAACCACUGCUCAAGCUGACACCACCACCUCUGCUACCACCGCACCUGUCUCUACUGCUCUUCCCACAGCUUCCUCCACAUCUACCACCUCUGUGCCUGUCAUCACCACAGCUCUGGUCGCCUCCUCAUCUGUUGCCAUGUGUAUUGCACCUUCCAGCACUUCACAAGAUGCUACUACUACAUCUCUUCCCUUGA